AUUGUGCCCACUAACCUAACCACCACAGCAAUCAUAAACUAUCCAUCCAUCCGUAGACCUUCCGUUUCACCAUUUGUGUUUUGUUUCUUCAAUUCGGACUGGAAUUCACCCGCAAUUGCUGAGUGGAUGAGCACAGCAAGGAGGCGAUUCUCGCUGUGACUGUCUCUUGAGUGUAGAUCUCCGACGCCAAGUGCCUCAGUCUUAGAUUCCUUGUCGUUGUGGUGUUUGAAGUCAAUGUGCGGUUGAGAUUUGUUGAAAUCCUUCAUUGCUGAAGCUUUCUAGUUUGUUCUGUUGGUAUAUUGAAGUCCAACAAAGCCGUGUAGAUUUCGUUUCAGAUUUUACUUGCUGGGGAUAAUAUUUUGGAUCUCUGGAGAAGAGAUGGGGUUUUAUGUGUUGCUGCUCUUUUAGCAGCUCUGGUGCUCUUGUUAAGGGUACUUCAGGAGAGCAAUGUCAUUCCGCAGCAUAGCUCGAGAUAUAAGAGAGAGCAUUGGGAAUAUAUCACGGAGAAGUUUUGACUUGAGGCUGCCUGGGCAUUACAGGGGAAAAUCACAUGGUUCUUUUCAAUAUUUGAGUGACCAGCCUUUGGUUAUCCAGAAUAGCCACUGGGCUAACCUCCCUCCAGAGCUACUAUUUGAUGUAAUCAAAAGAUUGGAAGAAAGUGAAAGUAACUGGCCUGCUCGGAAGAAUGUAGUUGCCUGUGCUGGUGUUUGUCGCUCUUGGAGGAGCAUGUGCAAGGAAAUUGUCAAAAAUCCUGAUUUAAGUGGCAAACUCACUUUUCCUGUUUCCCUAAAACAGCCAGGAUAUCGUGAUGGAACAAUUCAGUGUUUCAUAAAGAGGGACAAAUCGAAUUUAACUUACCAUCUUUAUUUAUGUCUUAGUCCCGCUUUGCUUGUUGAGAAUGGAAAGUUCCUUCUCUCUGCGAAGAGAACCCGUAGGACUACCUGUACAGAGUAUGUCAUCUCAAUGGAUGCAGAAAACAUUUCGAGAUCGAGUAGCACAUAUAUUGGAAAAUUGAGAUCAAAUUUUCUCGGCACAAAAUUCAUAAUAUAUGACACGCAGCUUCCACAUUCAUGCUCCUCCACAUCACAACCCGGAAGAACAAGUCGUAGGUUCCAUUCCAAGAAAGUAUCUCCGAAAGUGCCAACAGGGUGCUAUAACAUAGCCCAGAUCACGUACGAGCUGAAUGUGUUGGGAACACGCGGUCCACGCAGAAUGAACUGCCUUAUGCACUCAAUUCCCAUAUCAUCCCUGGAACCUGGUGGGGUGGUGCCCGGGCAACCCGAACUCCUCCCAAGAUCCCUGGAAGAGUCGUUCCGGAGCAUGUCCUUCUCAAAAUCCCUCGACCACUCCACUGAAUUCAGCAGCUCCAGAUUCUCGGAUGUUGCAGGGCUCUCCUCAACUGAAGAUGAGAGCAGUAAAACCUGGCCCUUGAUUCUGAAAAACAAAUCCCCUCGGUGGCACGAACAGUUGCAAUGCUGGUGCCUCAACUUUCGAGGACGGGUGACAGUCGCCUCUGUCAAGAACUUCCAGCUGAUUGCCUCCACGCAACAAGCGGCAACAAGUGCCCCAACAGCUUCUCAGCCAUCGCAGCAGCAGCAGCAGCAGCAGCCGCCGCCCCCUGACCACGACAAAAUCAUCCUCCAAUUUGGUAAGGUAGGUAAGGAUAUGUUCACCAUGGAUUAUCGAUAUCCCUUAUCUGCCUUUCAGGCAUUUGCAAUUUGCCUGAGCAGCUUCGACACAAAAUUGGCCUGCGAAUAGCCUGCCUGUUAAGGGAUGGUCUCGCCUCGAUCGAACCUCAAAAUCAAAAUGGAAUGAGGCAAAUACAGAGACAGGUCAGGUCAAGUCAGAUCCAUUCAUGUAGCUUUUGUGUUGUGUUGUGUUGUGUAGUGUAUAUUUUGAUUUUCGAUGUGUAAAUUUGUGAGUUUGUUGUGUUGGUUGAUGUUUGUUGUAGAAUGAAACCUUUGCAAUAAUUUCAGCAGUUAUGUGUCUAGUCAUAAAACACUAGUAUUGGAUACUUUUCUUUGGUCAUUCAUGAA